CAGAGCAGUUGCCCGUAUUUCUUUUUCCAUCGGAAUCUUAGCCACGCGGCAGAAGAUUUUGAUGCAAAUGCUCAGCUAUGGCCGGCUAGCUUGAUCUAGAAUCUUUGAGAUGCUGCAUUGCAGAUGGCCGUUGAAUCGCGUGAGAGGAACUUCCCGACUUCCACGGUCAGUUGUACAACGAAGUGUAUGGAGCCGUACUCGAGAGGAACGUUACCACCGCCUGCAGCGGGAGAUUCGGCACUUAGGUGAAGUAGCUGAUCUGGAAGAUUUGAAAACACAGGUGCCCAAAGCUUGGCAUGCGGUUGAGAAGUUUUUGGAUCCCUGUGAUGCUGAGGAGCGUGGCGUUGCAAUGCUGCCUGGACGUGCUCGAAGUGUGGCCGGGAGCGUCGUGGAGGAACUGCAGCGGGGCCGACAAGCAUCACAGGAAGGCCUGCGAAACUUCGAUCGCACUGCAGAAGAACUGCAGGAACUGCAGUCGCUUCACGGAAGUCCAAGUGAUCCGUUGGUGCAGCGUGUGCCACUCAGUGUGCCACUGACUGUCUUGUUGGAUGGCCUUUGUCCACACGAAGUUGGCUGCUUGAUGCGGACUUGCGAAGCUGCAGGUGUGCAAGAGCUGCUCUUGUGUGGUGAAACUCCCGGCCCACUGGAUGCCCGAGUGCUGAAGACCAGCUUGAAGGCAGAAGAGUUUCUUCCUCAUCGAAAGGUGGGGCCUUUGAAGUUUGAGCUUGAGAGGUUGGAGGAGGCAGGCAUCCAGACUUGGACGCUGGAGUGGGUUUCCAAGGUGCGUGGAAGACGAGCUCCUGUGAUACCAGAGGUGCCUUGUCCUCCUGUCGCUUUGGCACUAAGCGCUGAUCCAUUAAGACAUCUGCGCCGAGUCGCAGUGCCAUGAGCUGCAAGACGAGGU